AUGCAAAAAGCAGUGAAAGCACAGGCAUUAGAUGACCACAUGGCAGAGAAUCACGUGGACGAUGAUUACAGGCCGUUGAAGACCUACUUCCCAGAUGAAGAGGUAGCCUUUGUGGGAGAGGACAUUUCUGAAGAAUAUGAUGGAUGGAGAAUGUUCUUUGAUGGAGCUAAAAAUCUGAACGGAUCCGGCAUCCAGGCUGUUUUGAUCUCAUCCACCGGGCAACAUUAUCCAGUAUCAGCAAAAAUUAGAUUCCUUUGCUCAAACAAUAUGGCCGAAUACGAAGCCUGCAUACUAGGUCUCCGACGGGCGANUGCGAUUGACUUGGAUGUCCAGGAAAUGCUAAUAAUAGGGGAUUCAGACUUAUUGAUCCAUCAGGUUCGAGACGCCUUAGCUACUCUGUCUUCUAUGAUUCGACACCCUGAUCACAAUUACAUCGAUCCUAUUCACAUUCACAUACAUGAACAACCAGCUUAUUGUUUCCAUGUUGAGGAAGAGCCUGAUGGAAAGCCCUGGUACGAUGACAUUAGAGGAUAUUUGAAGAGUGGUGAAUACACAGAAGAUGCAACAAGUGUACAAAGGAGUACAAUUCGAAGGUUAGCAACCCAAUUCUUUUUAAGUGUGGAAAUCCUCUAUAGGAGAACUCCCGAUUUGGGGCUGCUAAGAUGCGUCGAAGCAAGAGAGGCUCGCAUGCUGGUCGAAGAGAUACAUGCAGGCACCUGUGGCCCUCACAUGAACGGUUUUACAUUAGCAAAGAAGAUUCUGAGUUUAGGAUAUUAUUGGCUAACUAUGGAGACAGACUGCAUUCGCUACGUCCAGAAAUGUCGUCAAUGUCAGACUCACGCAGAUAUGAUUCGAGUACCUCCCAAUGAACUCCAUCUCACUAGUUCACCUUGGCCGUUCGCAGCAUGGGGCAUGGAUGUCAUUGGUCCAAUCGAGCCAACAGCAUCCAACGGGCACAGAUUCAUUCUUGUCGCAAUUGACUAUUUCACCAAGUGGGUUGAGGCCACCUCCCAUAAAUCAGUGACAAAGAAAAUUGUGGAUGAAUUUGUCAAAAAUAACAUUAUUUGUAGGUUUGGAGUUCCUGAGUCCAUCAUCACCGACAACGGCACCAACCUAAACAGUGACCUAAUGAGAUCAAUGUGUGAGAAGUUCANCAACGAACUCCAUGUCACUACUUCACCUUGGGCGUUCGCAGUAUGGGGCAUGGAUGUCAUUGGUCCAAUCGAGCCAACAGCAUCCAACGGGCACAGAUUCAUUCUUGUCGCAAUUGACUAUUUCACCAAGUGGGUUGAGGCCACCUACCAUAAAUCAGUGACAAAGAAAAUUGUGGAUGACUUUGUCAAAAAUAACAUUAUUUGUAGGUUUGGAAUUCCUGAGUCCAUCAUCACCGACAACGGCACCAACCUAAAUAGUGACCUAAUGAGAUCAAUGUGUGAGAAGUUCAAGAUCAGUCAUCGAAACUCUACAGCAUACAGGCCACAGAUGAACGGGGCUGUUGAGGCAGCAAACAAAAACAUCAAAAGGAUAUUGCGCAAGAUGAUCGAUAACCACAAACACUGGCAGGAAAAGCUACCUUUCGCAUUGUUGGGGUAUCGUACCACAAUCAGAACUUCCACAGGGGCCACACCUUACUUCUUAGUAUACGACACUGAAGUUGUGAUACCCGCCGAAGUAGAGAUACCUUCCCUAAGGAUCAUCCAAGAAGCAAAGUUGAGUGAUGCUGAAUGGAUACAAGGUCGGGCAGAGAAUUUGGCAUUAAUAGAUUGA